UCAGUCAGGGCGGAAACAAAAAAAUAUAUUUUUUUCACAUCUUUCAAUAAACUUGAUUGUACGCGGACAUUGCCAUCGCCAGUGAGUCAGUGAGUCAGCUUUGAAAAGAUGAAACUGCUGUAUGUUCUGCUCGUGGUAGCCGUCGCUUGCCAAUUGGCUGAUGCCACUUUGUCGAAGAGUGACUCAAAGAAAGCAUCUGCAAAGAAUCUGGAGACAAAGACAAACCUUUCUGAUCUUCCUGUCCAAGCCAGAGGAUUAGUCUCCACUGAUGUUAAGGCCAAGGACAUAGUGCUUGAUCACCAGAGUUACUGCAUCAAAAAUGUGAAGGAGCGUCAUGUUACUGCAGAUGUACUUGGAUAUGUAACACCUUGGAAUGGUCAUGGAUAUGAUAUUGCAAAAAUAUUUUCAUCCAAAUUUACCCUCAUUUCACCAGUAUGGCUGCAAAUUAGAAGAAAGGGCAGACAGUCCUACCAGAUGACUGGACUGCAUGACAUAGACCAAGGGUGGAUAAGAGACAUAAAGAAGAAUUCUAAGAGCACAAAAAUUGUUCCACGAGUCUUAUUUGAUGGAUGGUCUUACCAGGAUUUCGAGAGUGUGUUUAACAGUGAAGAUGAGAUUGAAGAUCUUGUAGAAGCCAUGGUGCAAACUGCAAAGGAUGAACAGUUUGAUGGCUUUGUGGUGGAGGUGUGGAGUCAGCUGGGUGGUCAGAAGAGACAGGAAAUGGCCCAUUUGCUGACACAUAUGGGGCAGGCUCUACAGCAAGCUAAACUUCGCUUCAUCCUUGUUAUUCCUCCUGCAGUGGCACCUGGCACUGACCAGCUGGGCAUGUUUGGAAAGAAAGAGUUUGAUCUGUUGGCUCCAUUUGUGGACAGCUUCAGCCUAAUGACCUAUGACUACUCCAAUCCAAACAGGCCAGGUCCAAACUCCCCAAUUUCCUGGGUACAGGCUUGUGUUCAGAUUUUGGACCCUGACUCUAAAUGGAGAAAGAAGAUCCUGCUUGGAUUGCACUUUUAUGGAAUGGAUUACUCUGCACUUGGGGCAUCCGGGGAACCGAUUCUGGGCAGCAGGUACAUAGAGAUAUUGAAGGAUCAUAAGCCCAAGCUGUUGUGGGACCAGCACAUCGCUGAGCAUUACCUGGAAUAUAAAAAGAAUAAAGGAGGAAAGCAUGCAGUGUUCUACCCAACUUUGAAGUCAAUACAGGUGCGGCUGGACCUUGCACAGGAGUUAGGCACUGGAAUAUCGAUUUGGGAGCUGGGACAAGGCUUGGACUACUUCUAUGACCUAUUAUGAUAACUCUAGGGAUGGACUGUGGCCCAGUUUACUAAAAGCAACAUCUUUCAACAGUCUUAUGAAGCAGUACGGGUCAGCAGGUAGCCCCAGAAGAUGGAAAUGUAUUGAUUUAGCAACAUGAAUCUUUUUUUUAUUCCAGUUGCUUUAAGGAAUCUCCAAGCACACAGCAGCAUGGAAUUUUGAUUGUACUUUUGCUUUUUUCACUGUCCACAAUGAUUGACUUGACUAAUUUUCACCGAAAUAAUCUGGUACAGGAAGUUUUUAGUAAAAUAUGUAGUAAAUUUUUUUUUUUUAAUAGCUUUUUCUUUUAGUUUAAUAUCCUUUAAUUGAUUAGUCUAUACCGGGGAAGUACUCAUACAGCAUGUCAGGGUUUUAUGUGAUAAUUUUAUUGUAGUACAUGCCAGCUGACCAGUUGCAAACAAGAAGAUGGGUAAGUUGAUUGACUCUAUACCGGUGACUGUAUUCUCUAAACUGUGAUCAAGUUCACAUAAGCGCCUUAUUAGCCUUUUCUGUAAUUAGACACAGUGAUUACCAUGAGAGAAAGGAAGAUUACCUAAUUAUACUGUAAACAAAAGAAAAAAUGCACAGUUGGAAGAACACGUUUAAAAAAUAAAGUUUAUUUUCACUGAAUAAUGCUGUAGCUUUAAUUUGAAAAUUGUAACUUUUUAUAAUCGCAUACAAGACAAAUGAUUUCAACUUUUUAAGGGAAUAUGUGUACUUGAUUUUUCGAAUAUUAACCAUAAAUUAACCAAUAAAAAAGGGUGGAAAACC